CUCCCGAUCAAUAACGUGUGUACGCAGAUUUAUCGAUCCGUUCGAACCUUUGCCGACCUAGAAGUCAACACGUCUUCCCAGGAAUUCGAACUACGCAGUGGCGCCACGGGAGAGUUCACUGAACAUUUCAACAGACAAGUCUCCCCCCACACCCCACCCCCCAAGCCACGCAGCUAAUUGGAAAAUUGUAAAAGUAAGUUUAAUUUUUUGUAUUUCAUGUAUAUUUUCUUCCUUUCAUGAAAGUAAUCCAUUUUACCUUUUCACCUGUACGAUGUAUAAUUUUGAGUACCUUCGGGUCCCAAUCAAUGGUUGUUCAUAAACUAAAUUAAUUCAUACGCGUUCUGUUGUUGUUAUCUGUAUGUGAUAAAUCAUACAGGAACAUUUAUAGGCUAUUAAUAACUGACCUAAAAAGACGGAUGCAAAUUUAAACCAGGAUGAAACAAAUACAUUAGAAUAGUCUUGUCCAGUGAUUAUUUUAGAAAUUUCCCCCCCCCCCCCGGGUGGGGGGGGGCACUUCAGAUUUUUCGGGGGGGGGGGCGGUGCCCGUUGAUUUUUUGCUGGUCAUAUUUUUGCUCUGGGGGGGGUGGGGGGCAGUGCCCCCCCCCCCGAGAUGUAACUGAAAGAAAACCUGGGCUCUGUCUACAACAGUUUCCACCGUCUGAGUUUGUUUAAAAAAUUAUUUGUAACUUUUUACUAUGGCUGAUAACAGCAUAAUGGCUGCAGUGUUGCUUUAUUCGGUUUUCUUUUGUCCUUUUUGGUUUAUUUUUCAUUGUCACAAAUAUUUUGUGUAGGUAAAAACAAUUUUACUGAGCUUUAAUUAAAAAGACGAAAUACACACACAAAAAAGUCCUUUUUUUUGUUUCAGGCCCCCUUCGGCGUUAAAUAUAUAUUAAAAAAGAUGCAUUAAAAUUCAUUUAAAAAAAAAAGACUACAGUCACAUGAAUCACAAGAAACACCGAUGUGUAAGCGUUCCAAAACAUUUUGUGGCCCCAUUAUCUUUGCCCUAAACAUAGCGAUGGCGGCGGCGAAAAAAUAUCGAAGAUUAUGAUCGUUACGCCCAUGAUCAUAUGUAGAUCAGAUCUCUCCCACUCACUUACACAGAUAUCGUACCCCACUUUGAAUGAUGACGUGACGUACUCGGGCACAACGGUGUCUCUGGUGUAAGCUGUACAGAUUCGUGUUGGAGGGGCUAAGGUAUACUUAUAAUAUACUUCCCCACGCAAAGUACGAACGAGGGUACGCCCUAUUGUGUUGUGUACACAGUUUACACUGCAUUGGGUUGUCUGGCGAAGGGAAAGGUUGAUGUCACUGCAAGUCUGUCAAAACUUUCACAGGUCGUCAGUGCCUUUAUUCUUUUCACAACUCAUGGGGAUUUAAAAUAUAGAAGAAGAAUAUAGUGCACAUCUUUGGACUUACCACUCCCAGGUAUGCAUGCAAUACAUAUCUACAUAUUUAUAGACCUUUCCCUGUUCAAGUUUAAGCGUAAAAUGUCAUGAUUAGAAGAAAGAAAAAAAAAGGGUUUUCCAUUUUGGUGGUGCUACUCUUAAACAGACGGGUUAGGACGGUAAUCUUAAAUAAGACUAUGAGACAUUAACUAUGUGUGUGCAAGUUAUAACAUAACAGUGUUCACUUAUACCCUAGCAAAUGGCAUGUUGACACUGGAUUUCGCCCCUAAUUCAUAACCGUCCAGCGUUAGCAGCUAAAUAGAUGUUUGUGAUGAACGAGUUCAAGCUCCUUUAAUAAAUACACACACACACACCAUCAAUUAUUAGGUUUAAACCAGAAAUGGUUUGCAAAAAAAAUCGUGCGUCUAGGGUUUUCAUCAAUUCUAUCUCUUCAAUAUCACAUUUAACAAGCUAUUACACUGUUAACUUCAUAAUUUCCAUGGCAUUGAUGGUUAACAUUUAUUUUAACAGAAAUCUAAACAGAUUCACUGAUUUAGCUAUGACGGUGAUCGCUUCCGUCCCGGCCUACCCGGGUCACGGCGGCCGGGCCAGCCCACGGGGCGGACCCCGCGUGAGAUCGGAGGGCGAGUCCAACUACGUCAAGGGUCAAGGAACUGUCAAAGAGAAAGUCUUCGACUCCACCGCCCCCAUCGUGAGAACCCCGAAGCCCAGUCCGAGAUGCCCGUCCUCGGCCUCGAGACAGAACUACAGGGCCGGGUGGUUUGGGAACGUAUCGUCAUUGCUCAACGGUAGGUGAUGAUGUUAUGCCUAAAAAUGUAGGCUGCGACAUGACCUUAACAGUGACUAUACAUUUCUGACAGGGGGUUAUAAUCCAGUACGUUUCUUUCCUAUGACCCGCUAGUGGUUACAGAUUCCAACGCCAAUUGUCUGGUAGGAGAAGAGAAGAAAAACCCUGUUAGCAUUAUGGUGCCUAGGAAAGAUCAGUGAAUGCUUCUGGCAAAUGAUUCAACAUUUUUAUAAAAAAAAUAGUCUUUUCUUAAACUGAGCUUAAAACAGUUUUCAUAAAUUCAUUCUUGAGUAUUGAAUUAGAUAUAUAAAUAAAACUUGCGAUGCGCAAUACAUCAUAGGCAACGCAAAAUAGAACAUACAAUUAAUCACAUUAAUUUGAUUGACUUGUUGGCUGCGUUUGCAUAAUUCCUUCAAACAAUUUGACAUUAAGAAGACAGUGUUAACGGGAGGAGGGAGAGACCAUGAUUCGAUAAAUAGUUCUCAGUUCUAUUUUAUUCAAAUUUCGAGCUGCAUACGACAAUGCCGAACAUAAAGGUUAAUAUCAAACGCGUGAUUGGUUCAAAACAUGGCAAUACAAAUAAGUGCUAGCUCCCAUCUGCGUUCGAAGCCAUGACUCAUCCAUGACGUUUUCUGUGUCUGCGUUCAGGGAAGGCGACGCCCAGGCCAGUGACUGCGCCUGGCAGGGUCAAGCCGGAAGCAGAGGUGACGGCCAACAUGAGCAGGGGUCCUCGGAUGCGGGUAAUCGUCAACGAAUAUGCCCAGAGGGGCGCCAGUCCGAGAGAACCGAGGGUGAAGCCCGAAGCAGCCCAAACAGCAGAAGUUAGUAAGGUGGGUAUUUUUUUUUUGAUGCCAUAAAACAUGAGCAAGUAAUGACAUGGGUGAAUUCAGAUAAAAAGAGGCGCCCCCCAAUGUGGCGCUAAUGUUGUGAUUGAAUCUUACAGAUGGCGUCAAAAAGCCAAAAUUAAAAAAUAAUAAUAAUAAUUUUAAUGUUCGUAGUCAUUGAUGCAUUUCGGACGACCUGGGAAGUGUUGCAAGACUCCCUCAAAAUGAAAAUAAAAAUGACUUGAGAUCUGCCUAAACUUUAGUGAGUUUUUAAAAAAAAAUCCUUUAUAUUAACUUCGCUUUUUUUUCGUUGCUGGCAGGGAAAAUCUUCCAACGGCUAAUUGACCCACUUUCCGCCAGCCUAUGGACCUGAUACUUGGCACGUAGACGUGUUGCCGAUGAUUUAAAAAAAACCCAUUCUAUUAAGAUUUCAGCCUCAACCCCAAACCCUAACCCCCACAAAAUCAGCGUUUCCCUGUUUUUUCAAUGAGAAGUUUGAUGACACUCUUAUCACGAAAUGAAAGUCUCCGAUAACUGCGCUAAAUGAACUUCUUUUUUUUUUUUUUUUUUUUUUAAUUAUAGAAUGUGUUUUUUUUGUUUUUAUUUUUUUUUUUUUUUUUUUUUUUUUAAAUAUCGGAAGUGCGUUUGUUUGCGUAAUAUUUUCUUUUGUUUUCUGAAAUAGUUGGUGAAAUAAAUCUGCGGUGUAGAAGCGAGUGGGUCAUUAGAAUAUCACUAUAGUUUGGGGGGCGUGACAAAAAUGUGGGGUUACGAGGUUUGGGCCGAGGGGGGGCGUUACUUUGGAUUCCUAUAAAGUGCGUUACUUGUAUGAAUGUGUUAUAAAAUAUUCAGCACCAAAUUGCUUGACAUUAAAUUUUAUAAUGGAUCUAUACGAAAAGUUUUGUCUUUAAGGGCUGUUUAAUGACGAAUGCAUUAUCAAAUGAAAUCAUAGGCCCUCUGAUUAAUAAUUAAUUAGAUUGAACACAAUGGUCAUGCAACGAAAGAGAUUUUCUAAAUAUAUUAUGUUAACUAAGUACAGGAGAAAUUGAUAACAUUAAAAUCCUGGAAAUGUGCCACACGAGAACCAAAGUAAAGAGAAAGAAUUUUAGAAAGGUUACAGUUUUGAAAAAAAAACGUCUAUUUAUUAAUGUAUAAACUAUGUAGUUUGCCUAAUGUAGCGUUGUCAAGUCUAAGAAAAAUUAUCAAAGACAUCAAAUGGGAAGAAUGAUAUUUGGCGAACCCAUUCAAACCAAGAUUUAUAUCAAUUGUACAAAGACCCCCACCCAUAGUCGCAACACUAAGAAGAGUCGGACUGCGCUGGGCAGGACAUAUUGAAAGGAUGCCGAAGUUUAGAGCAGCAAAGGUGAUCUAUGAGCAGAAACCUAAGGGCAGACGACUCACCGGUCAACCUAGAAUGAGAUGGAUCGACGAUGUAGUGAAGAACUUACGCCGGCUGGGGGUUCGCUCAUGGAGGCGGAAAUCUAUCCGAAUGGAAGGAUGUGGUGGAGCAGGCCAGCGCCCUACAUGGGCUGUAGCGCCAUGAUGAUGAUGAUGAAAAUGGGAAGACAUUGCAUUUCAUACUUUUUAAGAAAGAAAAUAAUGUGUGUUUUUUUUUAAUUGAUGGUUUAACAACUUCAAUCUAAAUAAUGAGCAUCUUUUGAAUAAAUUUUGGUUGCACUUUCAUUUCAGGGAGGUAGAAUGCACAAUCUGCUACACACAUACGGAACCAUGGCUCUAUCUGCCCGCGCCGUGCCGCGCCUGAAGCUGGAGGCUGGGCCGAUAGCCGAGCUGAGCCGAGGUAACGCCACGAGGGAGACGCUCUACAACUACGGCAAAAGUGAACCCAACUCUGUCCCCGAUCCACGGGUGAAACCCGAAGGCCAGGACAACGCCGACCUUGACAAAGGCAAGAGAAUGGGCCUCCUCCUGAACAAGUACGGCCGCGCCCCGCUUUCAGCUCGGGCCGGGCCCAGGGUGAGGCCAGAAGGGGAGCCGAACGCCCGUCUGGACCAAGGUUUCAGGAUGUCCCGACUCAUGCACGAUCCUAAGGGCAUGCCGUGCUCGGCGCGCCCUAUGCCGAGAACGAACACGAUUCAGGCGAAGGAAAACGCUCUAAAAGGUCGAGGAAGCAUGGACAAGAUUUUUGAAAGUAUCGCGCGAAAGACUUACAUUUACAUGCCGGGUCAACAGACAAGGCAGUACGUGAGGGCUAGCAUCGGGUGAAUGAAGUCGUCUGUAGAUAGAAACCCUUGUUACAUUUUCAAAUCAGUAUUAGUCUAGAAUACAUAAUGUGUUUUAAAAUAUGAUCCUUUAAUGUUUCAUCUUUCGCCAGAAAAAAAAAAUACGAUGGCAAAAAAUACAUAUGAUUAUGAGUGGGUUGGUGUGGCAUGGGUCUGUCGACUCUUUGAUUCCCCCCAGAAUACAGUUCGAGGCAAUUGUUCCGAUUCAGCUCACGCUUCAAAAGUACAAAGAAUGAAAAAGGGCAAUUUUUAUUCAUACGCCGAUUGCUUAGAGAGUUUUUGAAUUAUUUUGUGUACAGAUUAUGUAAUUUAAUUGUUAAAUUUUUACGUAUCCCAGAGUCAAUUUAAGGCUAAUUUGCAUGUGAACCCCACGCCAAAAAGCCCCCCCCCUCCCCCAAUAACUCCUCCCCCCAUCUCAUCAUAAUAAAAACUCUAAAUCUAUUUUAGUGUCCGUCAGUGAUUCAGUGAUGCAUGUUAGUUGUCCAGAUUGUUCUCUAUUGAAGGUAGACCUGCCUCUCAAAUCUUCCAGACACCUCACGCUGCCGUGUUUCCAAUCACGCCAUUCUUUGUUUUUUACAGUUGAAACAAUCAAUAAAUUAAUUAUUGGUCAAC